AUGAGCACAGAAACCAUUCAGGAGAAUCGAGAGAACGAGAAGAAAGAUGAACCGUCGGCUCUGGUAGUACCGCCAACGCCUAAGUACCUGUCUGGAUACAGAUUGUUCCUGGUGAUGACCUGCGUGACACUUGUCUGCUGGCUCAUGUUCCUCGACAGCUCAAUUAUUGUCACUGCCAUUCCAGCGAUUACCGACGAAUUCCACUCUCUUGGCGAUAUUGGUUGGUAUGGAAGCGCGUAUCACCUCGCAAACGCAGCAUUUCAGCCCCUUACAGGAAAGAUCUAUCGCUACUUUAGCUCUAAAUGGUCGUUUUUCACGUUCCUGGUGAUCUUCGAACUCGGCUCGCUGAUUUGCGGCGCAGCGACGUCUUCGAUGAUCUUGAUUGUCGGUAGAGUCAUUGCGGGAAUGGGCAGCGCCGGUAUCAUGAGUGGAGGACUUACAAUCAUUGCUGGAUCCGUACCUUUGGAAAAAAGACCAGCUCUUACUGGAUUGCUGAUCGGCCUCGCAAACAGUGGAAGUGUCUUCGGUCCAGUCCUGGGAGGCGUGAUAACGCAAUACAGCACGUGGAGAUGGGCUUUCUACAUCAACCUUCCCAUUGGCGGUUUAGUCUUGCCUCUCCUCGUUUGGACAGAUAUUCCCGAUCAAGUCCCGAAACCAAGUCCGAUGGCUGUGAUUCCGAAGCUACAUCAAUACCUCGACUUUCCUGGAUUUGUUCUUUGCGCUGGAGCAGCUGUCUUGCUGCUUCUGGCUUUGGAGAUUGGCGGAAACGAGGAGUUCAGUAGCCCAACGGUCAUUGGGAUGUUCUGUGGUUCUGCAGUAUCGUUCGUCGCGUUUUUGACUUGGAAUUAUCGAAUGGGCGAUGAUGCACUUAUCCCCAGGUCAAUGGCAGGAAAGCGACCGGUCUGGUGCGCCGCUUCAACCAACUUCACGAUGGUCGGUUCUGCAAUGAUCCAGAUCUAUCUCCUUCCGCUCUACUUCCAAGCAGUCCAGGGCUCAACGCCUUCCCAGAGCGGAGUCAACGUUUUACCGAGUAUUCUGUCGCAACUCGUAGCUGCUUUUGGUGGAGGUAUACUAGUGGGCAAGCUCGGAUAUUACCUUCCAUGGGCUAUCGGAGGCACCGCAGUAACAAUCGUUGCCAGUGGGCUCUUCACAACAUUGACACCAACUACACCAAUUGCGCAAUGGGUAGGGUUCCAGAUUCUGACUGGAGCUGGUCGUGGUGUCGUGUUGCAAAUUCCAAGCAUCGCCAUACAAGCCAAUUUGCCUCCGGAGCAGAUUGCCCAAGGAAUGUCUUUCGUAACAUUCUCUCAAUUCAUGGGUUCGGCCAUCGCCUUGGCAUUGGGCAACGCCAUCUUCGUUGGCGCUCUGAAAGCAGACCUCCCCGUGUUCGCCCCGGACGUCGACCCUAACUUGGUAAUUGGAGCCGGCGCAACUGGGUUCCGCAAAGUUGUUGCCCAAGUUGCACUGCCAGGCGUAUUGAUGGCCUACGUAUCCAGCAUCGACAAGGAGUUUUUCCUGUCGCUAGGACUCGCGAUCGCGUCAUUCUGUUUUGCAUGGGGGAUGGGAUGGAAGGAUCUUAGACCCAAUAAGAAACCUACGAAACCUGACUCGAGCUCAUCAUAA